AAUUAAGCGGAUAACAUGGAUUUAACAACAGAAGAAAUUAAUAUUAACAAUACUGCGGGCGACGAAAAUAAUACAAUAAUACCAACGUCAGCACCUCUAACUAGCAGCAGCGCAGCAACAACUGCAGAUGAUGCUGAACUUACUAGCAAUAGUCUUCAAAGAACAAACUCAACGCCCCUACUUCCUGCAAAUACAUCAACAGAUGUUGCACAAAACAAUGGUGCCAGUGGUAGUGCUGCCUCCUCUGAGUCAUCGUCAUCGGUCAUAUCAGCAACCGCCCUGGCCGAUGACACUUUGCAUGUCGAAAUUUCGGACGCCUUAAGUGAAAAGGAUAAAGUUAAAUUUACCGUACACACACGUACCACACUACCGGGAUUCUCGAAACCGGACAACAAUGUUGUGAGACAGCAUGAAGAAUUCGUUUGGCUGCACGAUCGUUUCGAAGAAAAUGAAGAGUAUGCUGGCUAUAUUAUACCACCUUGUCCCCCUAGACCAGAUUUUGACGCUUCCCGCGAAAAAUUGCAACGCUUGGGAGAAGGUGAGGGUAAUAUGACGAAAGAGGAGUUUAGAAAAAUGAAAACAGAAUUGGAAGCCGAAUAUCUAGCUACCUUUAAGAAAACCGUCGCUAUGCAUGAAGUUUUCCUAAGACGUUUAGCUAGUCAUCCCGUUUUUCGCAAUGACCAACAUUUGAAAGUGUUCUUGGAGUAUGAUCAAGAUUUAUGCGCUAAACCACGUAAAAAGACUGCCAUAUUUGGUGGGCUUGUCAAAUCUCUGGGUAAAACCACCGAUGAAAUACUUUUAGGUGUAACCGUGCAUGAUGUUAACGAUUUCUUCGAAAAUGAAUUUCAAUUUUUAACCGAAUACAAUGGUCAUUUGCGUGAAGCUUCAUUGCGUACGGAAAAAAUGACACAACGUCAUAAGGAUGUGGGCGAGUGUCACCAGAAAAUUUCGAAUGCUUUGAGACAACUAUCAACCGCCGAAAAGGGAACAAUGGAAACAUUUUGCGCAAAGACCGCAGAUAUUUUUGAGAAAAUUAAGAAUCUUGAAGUUCGUGUGGCUAGCGAUCAGGAUUUAAAACUUGGUGAUACUCUGCGCUAUUAUCAACGUGACAGCGAAGCGGCCAAAGCUUUGUUAAUACGUCGCUUGCGUUGUUUGGCUGCUUACGAAGCCACUAAUCGUAAUUUGGAGAAAGUUCGUGCUAAAAAUAAAGAUAUUCAUGCGGCCGAAGCUGCUCAGGCUGAAGCAUGUGAAAAAUUUGAAACAAUGUCGGCUUGUGGCAAAGAAGAGCUAGUUGGCUUUCGUAAUCGCCGUGUUCAGGCUUUUAAGAAAAGUCUAACUGAAUUAGCUGAUUUGGAAAUAAAACAUGCCAAAAAUCAAUACGAAUAUUUACGCCAGUCCUUAUUAGCUUUAAAAGAAAUUUAAUAUUUGUUAUUAUAAUAUUUUCACUAUUAUUACAAAUUAUUAUUUUUAUAUUUACAUAUUAAAAUAUGUAAUAUAUAUGUAUUAUCUAUCCUAUUCGAUUGCUCUAUUAUCUAACUCUCUCUAUCUCUCAAUCUUUGUUCAUUCCACAUUGAAUGUUGAACAUUCAGCUCUUAAAUAUAUUUACAAUUUAUAUUUUUUAUUAUAAAUUUUAUUAUAUUAUAAACAUCAUUAUAUAUUAUAGAAAAACAAACAAACAAAUAUUUAAAAUUAAAUUAAAUCGCUAAUAAAAA